AUGGAGCGCGCCAACGGGGGCGUGGAGGUGUCGAGCGUAUGUAUGAGAAAUAAGGAAGGAGAGCGAUUUUACGUUUCACCCGGGCCACUUGGGAACCGAAUGGACGACAAAAGAGAAAGGAAGUGGAAAAGACUCUGGCCGAGGGCGAGGCGCGAGAAGGUGCUGGGAACACGGGCAGCGGCUGCUGGCACUUGUGUCGCGUUUCUGUCCCACACGAGCCGUCUGACGAAGGCGAGGGCAAGGGCAAGGGCAAGGGCAAAGGCAAAGGACAAGGACGAGGACAAGGACGGAGGCGCACCGCCGAGCAGCGCCUACGGAGAAGAAGUGGGAAAGGGAAGGAAAGGAAAGGCCGAACGGGCAGGACUGGGUGAGGAGUUGAUGACAACAGCGCGGGCGAUGGUGUUCAUCUACCUCAAGUACGGACUGGGAGCGAAAUGA